CCUCCAUUAUCACUGUCUCUUUUUCUAAGUGUACUUUAUUUUUCCUUCUUCUGAACUUACAGACUAUGCUUGAUUCACAAAGCCCACCGAGGAGAAGGUACUUAGUGGGAGUGUUGGCUUUACUGGCAGUUGUAUUUAUAUGGGUCACCUCGUCGUUUGUUAUGAAUAGUAUCUUUGCCGAUCUUGAAUACAAUAAACCUUUCUUCGUUACAUACAUAAAUACGGCGACUUUUUCUCUGUAUAUGAUACCCUUUCUUCACAAAAAAAAAACGAAACAAUCUGCUCCAGAAAACCUAACUCUAGAAAUUGAGGCGAGCUUGUUAGCAAAUCAAGAAUCAGAGAUAGAAGAAGUGCGAAUUAUACAACCAAUGCUAGCUUGGCAUACACAAGUGUCGCCAGCAGUACAAUUCUUUCAUCAAUGUCAGGCUUAGUCACGUUAGCGAUAGGUGCCAUUUUUAAGGUUGAAAAGUUGACCAUUGUAAAAGUGAUAUCGGUCUGCGUGAG